GCCGCCGCCGCCGCCGCCGCCGCCGAGCCCAGCGCGGGGCCGCGGGAGCCGCGCGGCGCGUCGCGGCGCGGCCCCGGCAGCCGGGCGGCCGUGAGGCUCCCGCCGCCGCCGGCCAUGGGCCGCCUCGCCGCCGCCGCCGCCGCUGCCAUGUCGGCCGCCUUCCUCAGCCCCAGCCUCGCCUUCAGCUCCCACUUCGACCCCGACGGCACCCCGCUCAGCGAGCUCUCCUGGUCCUCCUCGCUGGCCGUCGUGGCCGUCUCCUUCUCCGGGCUCUUCACCUUCAUCUUCCUCAUGUUGGCCUGCCUGUGCUGCAAGAAGGGGGACAUCGGCUUCAAGGAGUUUGAAAACGCCGAGGGGGACGACUACGCCGGCGACUUCUCGGCGCAGGGCUCGCCCGCCCCGCAGCAUGGCCCCGAGGUCUACGUGCUGCCCCUCACCGAGGUCUCGCUGCCCAUGGCCAAGCAGCCGGGGCGCUCAGUGCAGCUGCUCAAGUCGGCGGACCUGGGGCGGCAGAGCCUGCUCUACCUGAAGGAGAUCGGGCACGGCUGGUUCGGCAAGGUCUUCCUGGGGGAGGUGAACUCGGGCCUCAGCAGCACCCAGGUGGUGGUGAAGGAGCUGAAGGCGAGUGCCAGCGUGCAGGACCAGAUGCAGUUCCUGGAGGAGGCACAGCCCUACAGGGCUCUCCAGCACAGCAACCUGCUGCAGUGCCUGGCCCAGUGCGCCGAGGUCACGCCGUACCUGCUGGUCAUGGAGUUCUGCCCGCUGGGCGACCUCAAGGGAUACCUGCGGAGCUGCCGGGGGGCCGACCCCGUGGCGCCGGACCCCCUGACGCUGCAGCGGAUGGCCUGCGAGGUGGCCUGCGGCGUGCUGCACCUGCACAGGAACAACUACAUCCACAGCGACCUGGCCCUGCGCAACUGCCUGCUCACCGCCGACCUGACCGUCAAGAUCGGCGACUACGGGCUCGCGCACUGCAAGUACAAAGACGACUACUUCGUGACGGCCGACCAGCUGUGGGUGCCGCUGCGCUGGAUCGCCCCCGAGCUCAUCGACGAGGUCCACGGCAACCUGCUCGUCGUCGACCAGACCAAAUCCAGCAACGUCUGGUCGCUGGGUGUCACCAUCUGGGAGCUCUUUGAGCUGGGCACCCAGCCCUACGACCACUAUUCCGACCGGCAAGUGCUCGCCUACGCCAUCAAGGAGCAGCAGCUCAAGCUGCCCAAGCCCCAGCUGAAGCUGUCGCUGUCGGAGCGCUGGUACGAGGUGAUGCAGUUCUGCUGGCUGCAGCCCGAGCAGCGCCCGACGGCGGAGGAGGUCCACCUGCUGCUCUCCUACCUCUGCGCCAAAGGGGCCACGGAGGCCGAGGAGGAGUUCGAGAAGCGCUGGAACUCCAUGAAGCCCAACGGCGGCGGCUCCGGCGCCAGCCACCCCGGCGCCGAGCUCUCCUCCUUCCCGCUGCUGGAGCAGUUCGCGGCCGACGGCUUCCCGGCCGACGGCGACGACGUCCUCACCGUCAUGGAGACCAGCCACGGCCUCAACUUCGAGUACAAGUGGGAGCACACCAAGACCGAGCACUUCCAGGCGCCGCUGGGCGCCCUGAGCCCCGGCAGCGCCGCCCGCUACCACGAGCUCUACUACCCGGCGGCGGCGGCGGCAGCGGGGCGCCUGGGCCUCGGCCUCUCGCCCGCCUGCUACGCCUGCGAGCGGCAGGGCUGCCCGGGGCUGCCGGCGCCCGGCGUGGUGCCCAUCCUGGGCGCCCACAGCCCCUCGCUGGGCAGCGAGUACUACAUCCGCAUCGAGGGGCCGGCGGAGGGCGGCGCCGAGCUCGACGCCCGCAGCCCCCCCGGCCGGGCCGGCUCGCCCCCGUGGCGGCCCGCCGGCCCGCCGGGCACCGAGCCGCUGCUGGGCCCCGCCGCUGCCUGGGAGCCCGCCGAGCGCGGCCCCUACGCCUGCCGCCGCCCGCCGCGGCCCCGCGGCUACGAGCCGCCCGCCCGCGACGGGGCCGACCGCUACCUGCUGGAGGAGGAGGAGGAGGAGGAGGAGGAGGAAGAGGAUGAGGAGGAGGAGAUGGAGCGCAUGGUGGCCCGGCACCGGGACUGGCCCGUCCCCGGCGGGCGGCGGGACAUCUUUGCCGACCCGCUGGGCGUCUCGCCCUCGGGGAACCGUGCCGGCUGCGGCGAGGAGAGCCCCCCGGGCCGGGCCCUGGCCCCCGGCCCCUUGCCGGCGCCGCGGCAGCCCUGGGCCUCCAACAGCUCCUCCAACAACAACAGCGGCGGCGGCGGCAGCCCCCCGGCCCGGCAGCCCGCCGCCGGCGACAGCUGGUGCUACCGGCACAUGAUCACCUUCCGGGGGCUCAUGGCCAAGCCGCUGGGCUCGGUGCCGCGCGACCCGGCCCAGCCGGCCGCCUGGCCGGAGCGGCCCCCCGGCGAGGACGGCGGCUGUCGGCCGGAGCCGGCGGCAGUGCCCGGCGUCCCCUCGCCCUCCCCGGCGCGCCCGGCGGCCCUGGGCGGCCUCCCCGGCGCGGGGGCCCCCGCGUGCCCCCGCGAUGCCAGCCCCGUGGCCCAGGCGGCCCCGCCGGCCCCCGCCGAGCCCCUGGACGGCGCCCGCCCCGCGCCGGAGGCCCCCGCGCCGGCUGCCGCCGAGGACGGGCAGUGCCCCGAGGCGGAGCAGACGCCGGACAAGACCUUCUCCAGCGGCAGCUUCCCCAGCCCGGACGACGGCAGCGACGAGGACACGGCGGAGCUCACCUCCGGCGUCUUCACCGACUUCUCCGGGGACUACGCGGAGCGGGCGGAGGUGGCCCCGGCCUUCAAGUCGCUGCAGAAGCAGGUGGGGACGCCGGACUCGCUGGAGUCCCUGGACAUCCCGUCCACCGCCAGCUCCUGCGAGGGCUUCAGCCCCACGGCCUUCGCGCCCGCCGGGCAGCCCCGGGCGCUCGACAGCGGCUACGACACCGAGAACAACGAGUCGCCCGAGUUCGUCCUCAAGGAGCCCCACGAGCCCCGGGAGCCCGAGGGCUUCGUGCCGCCGGGGAAGGGCAGCGAGGGGGCCGGGGCGGCCCCCGAGCCGCGGCUGGCCUCGCCCCCGGGCGCCGAGCCGCCGGGCCUGGCCGCCAAGAACCCCUGCCGCGACUCGGCCUACUUCUCCGACUGCGACGCCGAGCCCGAGCGGGGCCCCAAGGACAGCGACGGCGAGGACAGCCCCGAGGCGGGCGCCCGGCCCCGCGCCCAGGACUCGGCCGAGGAGCCGCCGGCGGGGAGCGUGGCGCCUUUCCCGCAGCCGCCGCCGUGUCCCACGGCCCCCGGCGUCCCCGCGUGUCCCCUGCCGCCAGAGACCUUCCGCUCGUCCCCGGGGGCGGCCAGCCCCGAGGAGGUGGCCCGGGGCGUCUCCGGACUGGGGGGAGCCGAGGCCGGCGGCGAGCAGACUGCGUCCCCCGGGCCGGGACCGCUGCCGGGGGGGCCCCCGCUGCCGGCCGCCCCCGAGCGGCGCGAGGAGGCCGAGGAGGAGGAGGAGGACACGGAGGACAGCGACGAGUCGGACGAGGAGCUGCGCUGCUACAACAUCCAGGAGCAGAGCGAGGAGAGCGAGGAGGAGCCGGCGGCCGUGCCCAUCGUGGUGGCCGAGAGCCACAGCGCCCGCAACCUGCGGAGCCUCCUCAAGAUGCCCAGCCUGCUCUCGGCCUCCUUCUGCGAGGACCUGGAGCGCAAGAAGAAGGCCGUGUCCUUCUUCGACGACGUCACCAUCUACCUCUUCGACCAGGAAAGUCCCACGCGGGAGCUGGCCGAGCAGAGCUUCCCCGACGUCCCCGAGCCUCCGGGGCAGCCCCCGGCCAGCGGCAGCCCGGCGGGGAGGCUGGGCGCCUCGGACGACUCCUCGGACGGGAACGCGUCUGAAGAGGCCCUCUCGCUCCGUGUCCCAGGCGGCGGCUUCGAGUGGGACGACGACUUCCCGCUGGUGCCGGUGAAGGCGUCCCUGAUGUCCCCGCUGGCGGGGACGCCGCCGGAGCCCCCCCCCGCCGGCCCCUGCCUGCUGCCGGCCCCCAAGCAGGUGCUGCCGCUCCAGUUCUCCCGCUUCACCGUCUCGCCGGCCCCCGUGUCCCGCUUCUCCAUCACCCACGUCGCUGACUCGGACAUGGACUCGGUCGGAGGCAGCAGCGAGGACGGCGACCGGGAGUGACCGGGGACUUCCCUUGGCCGCGGCAUCCGCAGGGACGGAGGGACGGACGGGGCCAGGAGUGGGACCCGGCGCGGGGACUCCUGGGACCUCGCUCUAUUUUUUUAGGCAGAUUUUAUCGGAAGGAGGUCGUGUGCUGCUGCGAGUUGGAGCUGGGCCGGGGCGGCCCGGGGCGAGGCGGUGGGUGACGGCCGUGCGUGCGCGUGCGAGUGCGAGUGGGGAGUGCGUGUGUAUAAAUAGACAUAUAUAUAUAUAUGCACAUAUAUAUAUAUAAAUUAUAGCAUUUAAAGGGUAGUGCCCUGACCUUGCUAACAUUUACAGAUCCCCACCCAGCAACGUCCCCCCGCCUCGGCUUCUUACCCCCCCCCGAUGUCCCCCACCCCGCGUCCCUCCUCCCCGCCGCGUAGUGAGCUUGGCCCUCCUGCACCUCCUGCACCUCCAUGCCACGGCCGGGAGCAGGUGUCCCGGUCCCCGCCACCCGGUCCCGGCUCGUCCUCGCUGCUGGGGCUUUGCAGCCUCCGCGCUCGCCCCGCUUCCCUGCCCGGCCGAUGCCGGUGGUGGUGGGCAUCCCUCCAUCGCGCCGGCGUGGCAAAAUCCACCGGGGCUCUGCGCUGCUCCCUGCGGAUUUGGGUGCUGCCCUGCGCCCGGGUUGUUCCCGUCGGCUGCAGCACCGGUACCGCGUGCUGGGCCGGUGAGCGUGGGGCUCCCGCCUGGCUGCCCGGGUCGCCCCGGGCCGGUCGUGUAGCUAAGGAGGGAACUGCCAACCUGACUAUUUUUGUAUUUAAACAAAACGGAAAAAAAAAAAAAAGAAAAAAAAAAAAAAAGGAAGAACCCUAAAACCACAACUUGCUGUUGACUGAACUCACAUUGCCGCGAUUUUAAGUUAUUGUUGCCAAAGAGAUGUAGAGUUUGUCGAGGCAUUUGGGGAGGGGGCGAGUUCUCGCGGUCUGUUUGUUCAUUUGUUUUUGUUUCUUUGUUUUUUCUUUUGUUUUUGUGUUGUGUUUUUUUUUUAUUUUUUAACUCAUUUGAGGCUUAGGAUAACUGUGCAAUGCCAGCUUCCAGAAGGAACUGGAACUAAGCGGAGCUGAUCAAAACCUUGAAAUCAGGGCUGUGUUGCCUUUGGGGGCCUAUAGACCAAACCCUGAGGUGAGAAAUGACCCCCCCGGGCAAUCGCUGCUUCUCGUCCCCAUCUCCUGCAGCCUGGGCUGGCUUCUGCUUGCUGUGUGCACGCAUGCGUGUGUCUGUGUGUCCAUAUAUAUAUAUUUUUAUAUAUAUAUAUGUAUAUAUAUAUAUAUAAAAAGUGUGUGUGUGUGUGUGUGUGUGUGUGUCUCUCUCUAUAUAAAAAAUGUGUGUGUGCUUGUAUGUGUAUAUGUGUGUUUGCACACGUGUGUGUGUCUAUGUGUGCAUGUGCGUGUGUGCACACAUAUAUUCAUGUGUGCAUGUGUGUGUGUGUAUAUAUAUAUAUAUAUAUAUAUAUAUAAAAAUAUAAUGUGUGCAUGUACACACGGGGGGGGGGGGGUGCAUGGGCAAGUGCAUGUGCACAGGGACACAGACCCCCCCCCCCAAGCCACUCGCACCUCUUUUCCGCCCUCGCCGGGUGGCCGCGGGGCAGGAGCAGCACUUUGGCCCCCUUCCCCUCCAGCCCCUGCUCCGGCCGCUCGCUCCAAGCAGGGCAGCGCCCGGCCGAGCCGCGAGCCCGGCUCCUGUGCAGCGUGGCUCUGCUGCGGGGCUGCCGCCGGCUUCGGGGCAGGGGCAUAACCAACCCCCCCCCCCCGAGGCUCUUUCCAGAGUGAGCCUGCCCCGGGUCAUCCCCCCCCCCCAAAAAAAAACCCCCAUCCACGCCUCGGCCCCUUGCUGCGGCUCCCGCGCCCCGGGCUGCCCCAGGCCCUGCUGCCCCUGGCCAGGGCCCGUGCAGCGGCUCACGCUCCAGUUUAAGGAGCAGCUGCCGCUUAGCUUUAAUUUAGCAGCAUUUUAGGAGCGGGCUGGCCACGGCCUCCUGCCAGGGCGGGCGACUGUCCAGCCUUGCCAAAGCUUUGCAUCAUUACUUGGGUGCCCCCCCCGUUCCCCCCCCAGCUCUGCAAGCCCAGGCUGCUGCGGCAACCCAGGCCCUCGCCCCUGUGCGCUGCUUCUCCUGCCACAGCCAGUUAGCAGGUUGUUUUUUUAAUUUAAUUAUUAUUUAAGUGUUUUCCGACUCCAGCAUGGCCCGUAACCUCUGCGCUGUGCCCAACGCUGCUCUCCCACGCGCUCGGCUUGUGCUUCGCUGCUGGGACCGCUGCCGGGGGAUGCCCUGGGGCGUCCCGGGGGGCUCGAGCCCCGGCUCGGUGCACGGGGCCGGCGGAGCCCACUCCCUCCCCGCUGCCCCUCGGCUCCCGGCCGGACCCCGGCAGCGCUGCCCCCCCGGCGGGGCUCCCUCCUCGCCCCCCGCCUCCCCGCGCCCGUCCCCGUCCCCGGGUUUGGUCUAUAGGCUCGAGGGUCGCUGCCUCUGGAGGGCAGCACCGGAGCGGAGCUGCGUCUUGGAUAUUUUUUUUAAUAGAAAGGCUAUUAUCACAUUGUAUAUUUUAUCAAUACGGGUCAUAAUUGCUGUAUUUUUUAUCAGUGCUGAUUUCCAUACAGCUCCCAGCAUGCGUGUCGAAUAUCUUCGGGCCAAUAAUAAAGUUUUUAAAAUAUCUUAA